UUAGUCUCUUAUAUCUUUAUUGCCACAUAAAACCGCCACUAAAAAAAAUAAAAGACUUUGAUCAAGUAAUGUUCAUGUUCUGAUCUUCCGCUACUCUCAUCAAAUGCCUCCAAUAAUUUCACGCAAACCAUCAUCACCACCAUCAUGUGUUGUGCAUGAUCAUCAUGAUGAAAAAACCAUGAAGAAACAAAGCAACUACCAGAGAUCAAAAACAUGUAACAGUAUCAACACCAACGUUCUUGAUGAGGUUCAGCAUGUUACAAGGCAGAGGAAGUUGGUUAGGCACCUUAAGGACAAAGAAGUCUUUGAUUUGUUGCAUUUGCACUCCACUAUCAAUUGUUCUUGUUCUUCUUCCUGCUCGCGAGGCCGCAGUUCUAGCAUCGGCUGCGGACACUGGUCUAUUUCUGCCGUGCCGCAGCCGUUGCCACUUCCCGAGUCAUCAUCAGCAACACUGGUGAUGACUCGGAGAGCUGAGUCAACUGGCCUUGGAUUAGGCCAUGUCCACCUGCUUGGAUCUCCUUCCACAGAACCUCCUACUUUUGCUUUGACUUUAAGGAAAACAGUGAAUCAUGGUGCAUUGACAUGUACAAAACCUUCAAGCAAUUUGGAUAGACCCUCUCAAGACCUUACAACUAUAGCAAAAGCAAAAAAUAAUCUGAGAGUGCACAUUCCAGCUAAAACUUUCUUGGCAGGGAAUAGUUCAUGCAAAAUUCCCCCAUCAUUGUGCCAUUAUGAUGAAAAUGAUGAUGAUGAUUGUGUGAGUAUUUCUGGUUUGAGCAUGCAUGUUGCUGCUAAGAGUGCCCCAUCAAGUGUCUUGUCUAGUCCAGUCACUAGUCCACAUGGAUCAAACAACAAUCCACAACAUUUCUUUGAUCAUCACACCAUCAAUAAUUUACUUCAACAAUCCAAUGACAAUUAUUUGAAUUUGGAUCAUCAUCAUCAUCAUCACCACCUACCACAAGCUAAUAAUAACAAAAAUAAUGUUCAUAUUUGCCCUGCUAGCUUAAGUACUGCUUAUUCUUCUAAUCCCAAAAAUAACCAUGUUGAUGCACAUCCCUUGCCACUUCCUCCUAGAGUUUCAUCAUCAAUGAUGCUACAUCAACCAUCACCUUCUUCAAUGAAAGGCCAAUGGCAGAAAGGGAAGCUAAUCGGUCGCGGCACCUUUGGAAGUGUUUAUCAUGCAACCAACCUAGAAACUGGAGCUUCUUGUGCAAUGAAGCAAGUGGAUAUAAUUCCUGAUGAUCCUACAUCUGCUGAGUGCAUAAAGCAACUAGAACAGGAAAUCAAAAUCCUUCAUCAACUACACCACCCCAAUAUAGUGCAGUAUUAUGGAAGUGAAAUAGUUGGUGAUCAUUUGUACAUAUAUAUGGAGUAUGUUCAUCCAGGAUCAGUUAAUAAAUUUAUUAGGGAGCAUUGUGGAGCUAUGACAGAAUCUGUAGUUCGAAAUUUCACAAAACACAUUCUCUCUGGAUUGGCCUACUUACACAGCACCAAGACUAUUCACAGGGAUAUCAAAGGUGCAAACUUGCUUGUUAAUGAAUCUGGCAUUGUCAAGCUUGCAGAUUUUGGGAUGGCCAAAAUUCUUUCAGGGAAUUCAUAUGAACUUUCUUUGAAGGGAAGUCCUUAUUGGAUGGCUCCUGAGGUGAUGAAAGCUGCCAUUAAGAAUGAAUCAAAUCCUGAUGUUGCCAUGGGUAUUGAUAUAUGGAGCUUAGGCUGCACCAUCAUUGAAAUGUUGUCAGGAAAGCCUCCUUGGAGUGACCUUGAAGGGCCAUCAGCAAUGUUCAAGGUACUACAAAGCACACCACCAAUACCAGAGAGUUUAUCAUCAGUGGGAAAGGAUUUCCUGCAGCAAUGUUUCAGAAGGGACCCUGCUGAUAGACCUUCUGCAUCAAUGCUUCUUAACCAUCCCUUUCUCCACAAUUUUCAUGAUCAAGAUAAUCCUCUAAUUCAUCCUCCUUUAAAUUUGUGUCACAAAGGAGACCAAGGACAAGGAGAUAAUUCAUCUAGUCCCAAAGAUAAUACCAAAAAUAGACAUGAUGUAUUGCCAGCCUCCAUGAGCACAAAGAUUUUCAACAAAACUCAGAAAUUAAUGGGUUUUUUUUCUUUAUUUGCUAUAAGUUAAUCUAUGUUUACAAAUUACAAUCCUAGCAAAUCCAAUUCUAAUGUUGUCUUUGCUUUAUGAUAGUGCUGAGGAAUCUAAACACAUUAUUAUAGCUUCCCAUCACAAUCUUCAAUCUUCAGUUAAAGCUGGCACCUUCAAUUACUUGUCUCUUGCAAAUUCCAGCAACCUAUCAUCCCUGCCUCACUCAAAUUUGAAGCAUGUCAUGAGCUAAUAAGAAUUAAAUCAAUUUUGUUUGAACUAAAUUGGAGCAAGGAUUAUUCAUUAUUCAUAAGCUGCUAAUUUUAGGAUAACAUUUGACUUGUAUUCACUACAUACUAAUGAUACUAUAUAUUGUGUACAUAACAAGGCUCUUGUUUUAUCCAGAAAUUCAUGUGUAAAUAUAAUUAAAUGUAUAUUAUUUUAGCUGAAUCA